AUGUAUCAAGCGCACCAAUUCUCAUUUCAAAGUUCUUAUAAUCCAAUAAUAGAUGCAUUAUGGCAUAUGUUCAUGCGUCAAUGCACAAAGAUAAUUUCACUAUCAAUAACAAUUUUGUCACCCACAAAUUCACCAACUGGAAUCGUGAAUGUAAGCAACUUCAUGGAUGCAAAAUUUGCUCUAUCUCACUUGCAAAAUUUUUCCUUUGUAAUCUCUAAUAAGAAUGAAAAGGAUUGUUUGAAAAUUCAAGAACUUUUAAAUCAAUUACCUUUGGUAUGCAACAAAAUCAAUCGUAUGGAAUACGUGUCUCAUGGAAGAGUAGAUCCUAAUGUUACAAAUAUUUCCGAUAUUAUGACAAAAAUAAUUGAAACCCAACAUG